AAAAAGUUAACCCACACAAUCCAACUUCAUCCUUCUUACUUUACUCAAAAUUAUCAAACAUUUCUUGCCGAGAAAUUAUAUGCAGAUGUUGAAGGUACUUGCACUGGAAGAUACGGUUACAUCAUUGCUGUAUUGGAUAGUAUGGAAUCUCUGGAUAUUUCGAAGGGAAAAGUUAUACCGUCCAUUGGUUUGGCAGAAUUUGAAGUGAAAUAUAGAGCUGUUGUAUUUAAACCUUUUAAAGGAGAAGUUGUAGACGGUGUAGUAAGUCAAGUCAAUAAG